AUGGGGGAACCAGUGUUGAAACCAUCAACGAUAAUGGCAAGAACGGCAUCGGGGGAGCAGCUGAAUCUACUUGGGGAGUUUACUGCUGAAAUUACACUAGCCCAACAACGCGAAGAUUGUGUGAUACGAGUGGCCUCGGAGAACCUCUCACUUUUUGGAAGAGAUGCGAUGGACAUUUUCAACCUCUGGAACGUACCGCUGGCAACUGUUUGCAACCAACUGUCUUCGGUGAGCAUGGGUUCUAACUAUUUUAAAGAUUUUGAAGAUCUAUUUUUAGUUGAACCAGGAUGCUGCAAGAAAGGAAGAAUCCAGUUGGUCCUAAAAGAAGGCGCGAUACCAGUUUUUCGUCCUAAGAGACUGGUGGCGUACGCUAUGAUGGCAGCUGUUAAUGGAGAACUGGAUCGGCUGGAGCGAGAGGGAAUUAUCACCCCCGUAGAUUAUUCGUCAUGGGCCGCGCCUAUUGUGGUAGUGCGCAAGGCCAACGGAUCAAUACGCAUCUGUGGAGACUAUUCUACGGGGCUAAACGACGCGUUGCAACCCCAUCAGUAUCCGAUUCCGCGCCCUGAAGACAUUUUUACCGCAUUAGGACAGUCGAAAAUUUUUAGUCAGAUGGACCUAUCAGACGCUUUUCUCCAAGUAGAGGUAGAGGAAAAUUGCCGCGAGCUCCUUACCGCGAAUACCCAUAGGGGUUUAUAUGUAUACAAUUGCCUUCCACCCGGCAUAAAAUCUGCGCCAGGGGCCUUCCAGCAACUCAUGGACACUAUGUUGUCGGGAUUGAAUGAUGUGGCCGCAUACCUGGAUGAUAUCGUAGUAGGUGGAGUUGAUGAAACCACACACAGACAAAAUCUGCGAGCAGUGUUUACCAGACUGCGUGAGCAUGGGUUUAAGAUUAGACGAGAGAAAUGUACGUUUAUGAAAAAGGAGAUAAAGUAUUUAGGGCAUAUUUUGGAUCGUAACGGUUUGCGACCAGACCCUACUAAGGUUGAGGCUAUACUCAAGAUGCCGGCUCCAAAGCAGCUAUCUGAGGUGCGAUCCUUCUUAGGUGCAAUCAAUUUUUACGGUCGAUUUGUACCACAAAUGCGCAAUCUGCGGUAUCCCUUGGAUGAGUUGUUGAAAAAGGAAGGGGCAUUUCAGUGGACUCCUGAGUGUCAAAAUGCUUUUCAAAUGUUAAAACGAAUUUUAAAAUCGGAUCUACUUUUGACACAUUACGACCCAAGUAAAGAAAUUAUAGUGGCUGCUGAUGCUUCUUCUGUAGGCGUCGGAGCGACGAUUAGCCAUCGCAUGGAGGAUGGAACCUUGAAAGUAGUACAGCACGCAGCAAGAGCAUUGACAAAAGCAGAAAUGAACUACAGUCAGCCAGAUCGCGAGGGUUUAGCCGUGAUAUUUGCUGUUACAAAGUUCCACCGCAUGAUUUAUGGGCGUAGAUUCAUGUUACAAACGGAUCAUGCUCCGCUGUUAAGAAUUUUCGGUGCACGCACAGAAUCUUCGCUAACCGAUCGGUUUGGCAGUGGAGUGGAAUGGUGUUUGCCGCCAUAG